AUGGAGAAGAAGAAGAAAAAAAAAUUCUCUUUCCAAGGGUACUUCAAAAAAUCGACACCGUCAAGCAGCAAUGAGGAGAGGGACAACCAGAAUGACUACGUCGAUGGCGACCACGUGGGUGGCGACGACACUAUUGAGAGGGACGAAUCAGAGGUAGAGUUCAGCAGCCAUGUAAGGACGCAAUUCUGUAGAACCCCUCUAGGGUUGGUGGCUUAUUACCGCUGCACAGAGGGGAAGCACGCCACUCUGGAGGAUUCCUCCGGGUGCAAUAGGCCAGCGUCCAUCCGCAACUAUCGGGAAUCGGGUGCAGACUCCCCGUGGAUGUUUAAGCUAAAAAACAAGGAGCUAGUCGAUCUGGAAAACAAGAGAGGAAAAAAGGCCAAGGCAAACUACUGCCUGAAGCUGAGCGGAAAAUCCAAGGGCUACCUCCAAGUGGAGUCAGACAACUGUUUAGAGCUCCUGGGAGGAAACUACUGCACCAAUGAAAGGGCCAUAAGGAUAAAAAAAGAAAUUUCAAAAAAAUUAGGAAACGAAAAUAAUGAAGGAUUUACGUUCGAAAUGAAUGAAAAGUUCCGAUUUGAUUCCUUUCCACUGGGACAUUUAAAAACGAGAAAAAUCAAUGACUACUACUGGACCCACGUGUCUAUUAUCUUUAACCUAACCAUAGAUCUGAUUUACGUCAUUCUAACCGGAGAAGAAAGUUACUUCUUACAUAUGUGUAAAAAUAGGUACGCCAUUUUUUACUGCAGUGUAUUUUAUCCGACGAACUUUUUUACUGACAGUGAAAUGCCCUUCCCUCUUUACGUGGGGGCGAAACCGUACCCUGAGUUUGGAGGUUCCGAUGGAAGUGACGACAUGGAGGGAGAGGACAACCCGCUUCCUAAACAAAUGAACAGCGAAAAGAGGAAAUCAUCAUCCAAGUCAAGCAGAAGCCACAAAGGGAGUAUCGAUUUUGUAUCCUUCCUCGUUACCGAAAUAAGACUGUUUGCGUUAAGUAGAUCCGCGGACCUGGUGGUUAAAGAAAGCAAAACUCUGUUGGAGUGUGCCUGGCUCGAUGGUGCCAAUGAUGAGCUCUCAGACGGGAGGGAAGAACCCGACGAGGCACUAAAUGGCUUAGCCCAUCACACCCGUCGUGGUGUCCGAAGUAGUCUACGAGAUGGAGAAGACCCAGAUAGCUCAAAGAAGAAUUCGAGGAGGGGCACAAGUGGUAGAGGUAAAUCGAGUGACAAUCAUUGGGGCAUACUGAACAGCGAUGACGGGGUUGAAUAUGAUGCCGCCCUGUCCAGUUCGGUCAAGAGGAAAGGCGGCGCCGACGAAGGGGACGAAAUCAAGAACAAGUGCAACGAAUUCAACAACGAGAUUGAGAAGAUGAAAAAGAGGUUCCACAAGUUUACUGACGAAAUGAAGGCGGGGAGCGCCGGAGGGAGCGGUGUCGAAAGUUAUGGUGGACGUGGUGACCGAAGUUGUGACGAAAGUUAUGACCGACGUGAUGCUGGCAAUGCCAAUGGCGCUGCCGCGCCCUCGCUGCGCCCGUGCGGUGAACACCCCUCACAGGGGGAUUUUUUCAAAUUCGACUCGGAAGAAGAGCAGAACGAUUCUACCAAGGACCAUUUUUUUUCCAAACCGGAGAGGAAAAACAACCCCUACGGCAUUGUCCCCUCCAGUGAUGACCUCUUUGCAAAAAAAAGGAAAAGCGUUACAAACAAGGAGAAGGGAGAAGAGCACCAUUCGAAUAAGUUUUCACACUUAAACACGACAAGAAAGAAAGCCGAUUCCGCGUUUUAUUUUAACUUCUCCGAUGAAGGAGGCGAGAAGAGGGAAGAGGAAGGGCAAUCGGAUGCCAACCGGUUAGAUGCACCGGAAGGCAGCGAAGAGGACCAAACGGAAGAAGCGAAGAAACCAUCCUGGGACGGAGAAGCCCCAUGGGGAGGGAAACACACCCCAUCAGGAAAGAGAGACAGCCAUGCUCAUUCUGUAUAUCGGAAAGGUUCCCAAGAUGGAGUAAAAAGCCCUAUGAAAAAAUAUCUUAACAAAAUCGUGAAGGAAAAAAAUGGAGAUGAACCCACUAGCGAUAGCGAUUACAAGAAAGAAGAUGUGAAGCUACUCCUGAAUGAACUGAAGGAUAAAUUUGAAAGCGAAUUUGUGGACAUCAUGAUAGACAAACUGGGACACAAGUUUCAUCUCAAGAGAAAGGACAAGGAGAAAAUAUUUUCUACCUUUCGAUCAAAUGGAAGGAGAGAAAAAGAGGAGGUCAACUCAAAGGAGGAGGCCGAUUCAGAGGAGGUCAACUCUGAGUGCAUCAAGGAAAGGUAUCUCGCAAUGGUAAAGAGAAAAGAGGAUAGACGACAAAACGAACUCCAUGAAGAAAUCAAGGAGGAGUUAAAGAAGGCCAAAGAGCAAUCCACCGUGGAGAGAAACCUAAAUAACUACAUCAAGGACAACCAAUUACUGAAUGAAUACUAUAUAAAGAAGUACAGUUACGCUGGAGAGAAACUCAGCGACAAGGAGAGCGAAGAAAACGUUCCUCAGGAGAGAUGGACGGGUGGAAAGAAUUUGCCUGACCCGGAUGAAUCGGAGGGUCCACUCAGUAACUCCAAUUCGGCUCGGGAAGACGAAUCCUCGAACGCCUCGGAAAGGAGUCACUCCAUUGUCAAUUUGCAGUACCAGGACGGCAGUCACGUCUUCGCAGAUGGGGAGCAGUGGAGUCGCUCCGGUAUCGGUGAGGAGUUAAACACACGAAUGGGCGGAAACAUGAAUGCCGACUUCAACACAGGGGAAGGGCACCCUAGAGAGCGCGUCGAGCAGGAGGAGAAAAAGUCAGACAUCAGCGAUUUUACUUUUAUGAAGAGGAGCAGCUCCGGCCGUGGCGGCCGUAGCGAACGUGGCGGGCGCGGCAGACCCCUCCUGCACAGCGGUGAGUCCGCCAUCCAGGGUAAGGAGCCGCCCUCCCUACCAUCAGAGCUCCGAAUGGUCCCGUCCAACGAGACCGACUUGCUACCCGACGAAGGGGAGAAGAAGAAGAGCAUUUCAAAUCUCCUCCUCACCCAAGAAGAAGAAAAACACGGUGAUAAUCAACCAAACCAAGCAAUAAGAACGGGAAAAAAUUACUACCAAUUUAUAUGCCCAUUGACCCCCUAUGAAUUAUUUCUCCUGAAGAGAUUCCACAAUAAGGGAAUCAACGAAGAGCUUAAGGAGUUUAGAAAUAAAAAAUACCAUUCGUGUGAAAAGCAGCUCAUGUCAACAGGAGGAAUCUGUAGGACCCCCCUCAACGUCGCCUACAUCAAAUACAAAAUAACGAUGAUGAAGUCAAUGCUGAGGAGUAGCCGAAGGUACAUUCACGAGAAGAAGUUCAAGAAGGGGCUAAAGGUUUGCAUAAAGAAUGGAGAGUACAUCCGAAAUUUCGUCAGCAGUUACUGCGUGUUGAGAAGGAGGGAGCUCAAUCGGGACUCCCCACCGAGAACCGCGGCGAGGACCUCGACAGGGUCCUCUCUUCCACCCUCGCUGGGACCUUCGGGGAGAUCCCCCGGAGAAGAACAACCCCCCUACCAGUAUGCCGACUUCUACCUAAACGUGGACAACGCAUACAUCACCAUGGACGAGUUAAAAAACAUUGUAAAGACGAACGUGAGGAAUGUAAUCAUCUGUAAGCUUUUUAUUCUGAUCAAGGAAUAUAAGAAAUACAAAUAUAUCGAGAAUUCUUCUCUCAUUUUAGUCCUUCAGUCAGUCCUCUGUCGGAUUGUUACCAGUUAUACAUUGUUGAGAAAGAUUCUGAAAAAGUUUAUCCUUUUGCUCUUCCUGAGGGGUUGUCUCAGCUUCGUAGAAUCUAUGUGCAGCUUCCUCUUCCUGCUGUACCCCAAGGAACGCAGCCACCCUCUUGUCUCCAAAGUGUAUUCCCUCUGCAGGAACUCCUUUCUAAUUUACUCCACCUGCUACAAGAGCAAUAAAUAUGCCCUGAUUAAUAAUUACGAUUUGAAUUUUGAGCAAUGUGUGAAGCUUUUUUCUCCCGAGUGGGGCUACUACAUCUACACAACCAGCAACUUUAACAUUUUUUCCUGCACUGUGAAGUUCAAUGGCUUCCUCAAAAGGGGCGCGGACUUCUCCGCCCUACGGGAGCAAGAGCCGCAGGGGGAGGGGCAGCAGGAGGAGGGACAGGAGGAGGAGGGGCAGGAGGAGCGGAAGACCAUAUGCGACAUGGGUACCUUUGCUGGUAGCGGCUUCGAUGUUGGUGACCCUUCGGGGGACGUAGGGCCCAGCGCGGACCGCACCCAGCUGCCGGAGGAGGACGACCCACCGAAGGAACCCACAGACGAGUGCAAACUCGCAACAGUAAAUGUGUGCGGAGAGGUGUGCAGAGAGGAACCCAGUACGAACAGAACGGAACGCAAGAAAAACGAUCUAUACAGGUACCUCACCAACUAUGAGAAAAAAAAAAGGAGUUACUACAUCAUUGAUGAUAACAUGAGGCGCAUCGAGUUCACUAGAAAAGAAACAAACCACAACUUGGAGACGUUUCUCCAGAUGGACAACCCAAAUGAGAGCUCAAGCGAACAGAGCAAGCGGGAGCAGUUCGAUCGACUUAUGAGCAAAGUCAACCGUGACGUGUAUCUAAAUUCUUCCGGCUCCUGCACGAAUGCCACCUUUUUGGGGCACUGCCCCCACUGCAAGCAUGCCUUUAACUUCUUCACUCGGUCGUGCAGAGUGUGCCAGCGGUAUGUGCACGUCUGCUACUACCUGCUCAUUCACUGUACCUACAAAUACCACUGCGAGUUGUGUGACGCGACUUACUCGGAGAAGUGCCUGGAAAAGUUCUCAAAGGGAUUCACCUGCUUUUACUGCGGGCUGUUUUUCAUCCGGAAGUGA